AUGUCGAAGACGAGCGCAGGCAAAUCCAAGAAGCUGUCGUCACAAUCACGCACAUCCGAAUACCCUUCCCCCUUCGAGAAAGCACCGUCCACCAUCGAGCCCUUCUUGCCGCAACUAGAUCCAAGCCAGAUCUACAUUACUCACAUCGACCGCCAUCCUCGCGACUACAAGAAGCAAAUCUUCUCUUUCGCCGUCUUUGUCAAUGCUACUAUCGCCGCCCUCCUUCUCUGGCGAAUCUACGCCAUUACCCCCAAAUACUUUGCCCUCCUCCAGACCAUCUUCGGCUAUGCCAACAGCGAGAGCGUCGACACGAUUCGUACUACGAGAAGCGAGCAGGUCUGGAUCGUCCUCCGCCGCACAGGAAUGAUGGCUUUCGACUUCUUCGUAUUCCGCCUCAUCGGCCCGUGGCCACUCACCUUCUUCCUGGAACGGCCCGCCAAUCCUGUUACAUGGAGGUGGAAUAUUGGGUUCAAAGCGGAAGAAGUGGUUGUGCGCGUGAGCAGGAACUGGACCGGAGAAGAUUUGAUGAAGGGCACCAAGCGAGGGGAGGACUCCCCGUUCUUCAAAACGAGGAUAGAGCCGGCGAUUGAAACGCAAUUCAUGGAAAAGACGGGAUACUUGAUGAUGGGCGGGAAUUGGGAUCUGGAUUUCGGACUCAUGCAGGAUGCGCAUGUUCUUUUGAAACAAGACAAGAUGAAAGUCGAGGCCUUUGAUCGAUAUGUGUUGGCGCAUCAUGAGAAAGCGGGCUGGUUGGCGUGGAAGUUUGCUACUGUUGAUGUAAGCGGUGGUGAUGUUGGUCUCGAGUUGAGGAAGGCCAUGGAGGGUCUCGAGGACGAAGAGACUACAGAUAAGACGGCAUGA